AUUUCUGAUAGUCCUGGGGUGCUUGAUUUUAGCCGUCCUGACCACUUUUGGAGAAUAUGAAAAAGCUUCUGGAUAUUGGUUGCUGCUUUUGGAAACCUUUGCCAUCUUCAUCUUUGGAGCAGAAUUUGCCUUAAGGAUCUGGGCAGCUGGCUGUUGCUGUCGAUACAAGGGAUGGCGUGGGAGGCUAAAAUUUGCCAGGAAGCCUCUGUGUAUGUUGGCUGGAGUCAAUCUUUGGAGAGUCCAGAAGCCCAGCCAGAGAUGCACAAGCAGAAAGGAUAUUUUUGUACUGAUUGCCUCUGUCCCCGUGGUAGCUGUUGGCAACCAAGGCAACGUCCUGGCUACAUCGCUGAGAAGUCUCCGUUUCCUCCAGAUCCUGCGAAUGCUGCGUAUGGACCGGAGAGGUGGUACCUGGAAGCUUCUGGGAUCAGCUAUUUGCGCACACAGCAAGGAACUCAUCACUGCCUGGUACAUUGGGUUCUUAACCCUUAUUCUCUCCUCUUUCCUGGUUUAUCUGGUGGAGAAGGAUGUGCUUGAAAAAGAUGAGGACGGGAAAGAGACAAAAGAGUUUGGAACCUAUGCUGAUGCCCUUUGGUGGGGACUGAUUACACUAGCAACAAUCGGCUACGGUGACAAGACGCCUAAAACAUGGGAAGGGCGUUUGAUUGCAGCAGCAUUUUCCCUCAUUGGAGUUUCAUUUUUUGCCCUUCCAGCUGGCAUUUUGGGUUCAGGAUUGGCCCUAAAAGUCCAGGAACAACAUCGUCAGAAGCACUUUGAAAAAAGAAGGAAACCAGCAGCAGAACUCAUACAGGCUGCAUGGAGGUACUACGCUACUAAUCCUAAUAGGAUGGAUCUUGUUGCCACAUGGAGGUUUUAUGAGUCUGUUGUAUCAUUCCCAUAUUUCAGGAAAGAACAAGUGGAUGGAACCAGCCAAAAGCUGGGUCUCUUGGAUCGGGUUCGUGGUAGCAAUACUAAAGGAAAGCUGUUUACUCCUCUGAAUGUAGAUGCGAUUGAAGAAAGUCCAUCUAAAGAAUCUAAGAAUGUUGUCUUGAUUAAUAGAGAGCGUUUACGCACUGCAUUCAGGAUGAAAGCUUAUGCAUUCUGGCAAAGCUCAGAAGAUGCUGGAACAGGGGAUCCUCUGGCAGAAGACAGAGGAUACAGCAAUGAGCUCCUCAUAGAAGACCUGAUCCCCACACUGAAGAUGGUCAUCCGAGCUGUUAGGAUACUACAGUUCCGCCUGUAUAAGAAAAGAUUCAAGGAGACUUUGAGGCCUUAUGACGUCAAGGAUGUGAUAGAGCAAUAUUCAGCUGGACAUCUUGACAUGCUUUCCAGAAUCAAAUACCUUCAGGCAAGAAUAGAUAUGGUUUUUGCACCUGGACCUCCAUCUACUCCCAGACACAGAAAAUCUCAAAAGGGAGGAACAUUCUCUUACCCUUCACAGCAGUCUCCAAGGAAUGAGCCAUUCAUAAGUAAACCAUCCACAGACGAUCCUGAAGACCAAAGCAUGAUGGGCAAAUUUGUCAGAGUUGAAAGACAGGUCCAUGACAUGGGGAAGAAGCUGGAUUUUUUAGUAGAUAUGCACAAGCAGCAUAUGGGACAGCUGCAAGUCCAAGUCACCGAAGCGUGUCCUUUGAAAGAAGCAACAUCCCCAGCUGACGAUAACCGAUUUUCUGAACUGAAAUCCAUCAUUUACAAAUACUCCAAGCCUUCCAUUCAUGAGUUGUCUCCAAGCUUCCACCAUGUUCCUGUGAACAAAGUUCCUCCUUUUGGAUUCUCAACCCAGGACUGUGGUCAUAGUCCACUUUCAUUGCCACUGAGUGAGCAGAACUCAGGCAGAUGGCAAGCCAUGCCAUUCUCAACUACAUACUCAGAAAGGCCCACAGUUCUACCAAUACUGACUUUCAUGGACCCUCAUCUUUCCUUUCAGUCCCCGCCGAGAGAGCUCUGGAGCCCCCAUUCGGACAGAAUCUCCUCAAGGCAGAGGCAAAGCAUGACAAGAGACAGUGACACCCCCCUAUCCCUGCUCUCUGUCAAUCAUGAGGAACUUGAACGCUCACCAAGUGGGUUUAGCAUCUCUCAAGACAAAGAUGACUUCCUUUUCGGGCCAAAUGGAGGAACAAGUUGGAUGAAAGAAAAACGCUAUUUGGCUGAGGGUGAAACAGACACAGAUACUGACCCUUUCACUCCAAGUGGUUCUAUGCCUCUGUCCUCAACAGGGGAUGGGAUUUCUGAUUCAAUAUGGACUCCUUCAAGCAAGCCAAUUUAAACUUCUCUAAGGGGUUGGGGAUGGGGAGGGUGGAGACACAGGCUGGCUUUUUCUUGUCAUGUGAACUUAAACUUUGUAUAUCUUAUUAUACAUGCCCAAAGCUUCCUUUCGCAAAAGCAAAAACAAUCAACCUCACCCUCCCUCCACCACCAAUGGCUGUCGUGCAUGCUGGUAUUAGUCGACCUCGUUCUCCGCCAUUUCACACAGUUGGGUGAUGCAGUUCUCCUCAUGCUGCCAAAACUGAGCGGCUACGUUUUGCACAGGGUUUUGCAUGACUUUAUGCUCUAAAGGGUACAGGGGAUUUCUUCCAUGAUUAAAAUCAUGAAAAAUACUAUUGCUGAAUAAGCCAAGGGUCAGGUCAAUGCCAGAGCAAAAACACUGCAGACAUGUGGAGGGACACAGGCUGCAUUUUUGUGAGCAGAACAACACUCAUUUCUAGAAUGAUGCCGUUUGCAAUGGGUGCAUGCUUUCGGAUCAUUCCUCUUUGCAAUUUUAGCUGAUUCACUCUUGGUUGUCCAUUUUGUUCUCUCCCAUGUCACCCUAGUAGGCUGAUUAAUUCUGUUCAUUUGACAUUUGGCAGAUGACCUCCCUGCCCUCCCGCCACCUGCACUUGCAUCUAUGUAAGAAGCCAGAGAGUGUUAUACAUUCCAGUACCCAGAGAACUGAAGUGUUUUUCUGCACAACUCGCAUGUUGUUGAUAUCCGUGGAGCUUAGACACACUUAACAUGCUUCAGAAUAUUGUUUUCACUCAUUAACUCCAAAGUCCAUGGGCCAAAUGAGUGAAGCAUCAUUUCUCCUAAGUUUCCUUGAAUUAAGCAAGUUUUUAACCCAACAUUUUACCCAGUGUUUGCUGGCCUCUGCUUGUCCCUUUAUGCUUGUCCCUUUAUGGUGGUAGCCAUAUCUGUAGCACUUAGGGCAGUAAUCUCUUCCUGAAUCACGAUGAGAGAUGGGUCUGUUAAGACAUGGCUUGAUCACUUCUCAGUUGCUCAUAGCAUUACACCUAUGUGCUGCUCCUCCUGUUAUUCCAUAAAGAGUCACCACUUGAACAUCACAGGGAACAUUUUCUUCUCGAUUUCAGUGGAACUGAAAUCUAAUCCAGGGUGUUUCAACAAUUAGUGAGCAUCCCAGAUGUCUGCAGGGGUCCAUUUUAAGUAACUCUUAAAAAGGUUGCGUGCAUAAAAGAAUAGAUGGAAUUUCCCACUUUCCCUUUCUGGAUGAGCCUGUUUGUGCAUAUACGUAAAGCACUUUGAAUUCAGCAAAUAGUUGAGUCUUUCCCAUUUUAUUAUUAGUUGCCUGCACAUUGUGGGAUUCCUUUAUGUGAUUGUUGGCAAGGAAGUGAUGCAAGUCUUAGGUUUUCCUUCAUGGGAGCUGGCGUACUUGCUUGUAGAGAGGAGUAAAAUCUGGCUCAGACACCAAGUGGAGCAGAAAUGCAGUUCCCAAAGUACAGCAUAGUUACAUGGGAUAGGCUUCCUUAUUUGUUGAGGGAACCCACAUCAAAUGCGUAGGUUCAGGAUGGGGACGUUGCUUGUUCAAUAACAGCAGGUGUGAAAAAGAUCUUGA